CCCGGAAAUAAUUUUUUAAAAUGGCGACCAUGGAAGAAGGAUUGCACCUAGAAAAAGAUAUCAACAGAGCUAUUGAUCUUCUGGAUGCACUUCAAAAAAGUGGACAGAUUCCAUCUCAGAAGUUGGCAGCUUUGCAAAGAGUUCUUCAAAGUGAUUUCCUAAAUUCUGUGAGGGAGGUUUAUGAACACGUUUACCAGACUGUGGACAUUACAGGAAAUGAAGAAGUCCGAGCUAAUGCAACAGCCAAGGCCACAGUUGCAGCUUUUGCAGCCAGUGAGGGACAUGCCCAUCCUAGGGUGGUAGAACUUCCCAAAACUGAGGAGGGACUUGGUUUCAAUGUAAUGGGUGGAAAGGAACAGAAUUCUCCGAUCUAUAUUUCUAGAAUUAUCCAGGGUGGAGUGGCAGAUAGACAUGGUGGCUUGAAGCGUGGUGAUCAAUUACUUUCUGUAAAUGGGGUGAGUGUGGAAGGAGAACAUCAUGAAAAAGCUGUGGAACUUCUUAAACAGGCCAAAGGUACAGUGAGACUAGUGGUACGAUACAAUCCCAGGGUUUUAGAGGAAAUGGAGGCAAGGUUUGACAAACAAAGGGUGUCAUCCAGAAGGAGGCAAUCACCAUAGUAACCAUCACAACAACAUCAAUUCUUUUUUAAAAUACAUAAAACGUUGACAAUUAUCUGGGAUUUAGUUACAGAAGUAUACAUAUUGUACCUAGAUAGGAACAAAGUCACCAAGGAUGUAAUGGCUUGACAAUUGACAUUGAAUUUUGUGAUGUUCCGUUAGGAAUCAGUAAAAGGUUAGUGAUAUAGAUUGAGGCAUGAUUAUUUAUGCUGUUGUGUGAUAGAGAAUUUUAAAAGUGUAUGUAUUUGUAAAUCAGGAUUUCAUUUGUAAAUCAAGAUUCUCAUUCAUUUACUUGCAUUUUAUAAUUUUUUGCAAUAUAAAAGGCACAUGUACAUUUUUUAAAUGGUAGACAGUUUACAAAUAUCAAAUGUAUUGUACAUAUAUACAAGUAUAUUGAAAAAAUAUGGGUUGUGUUAGAGUAGAAGAAAUAAAAAGUUUUAAUUU